GACAGAGGCCACAUUAGGGAAGUCUACCACACCAAGCGCAUGCAGCAUGUCAUCUGCAUAAAGUGGUCCGCAGACAACAAAUACAUCCUGAGCGGUUCUGAUGAAAUGAACAUCCGACUGUGGAAAGCCAACGCUGCUGAGAAACUAGGAGUGCUCGCCCCCAGAGAGAGGCAGGCCGCCAACUACAACCAGAAGCUGAAGGAGAAGUACCAGCACCACCCUCAGAUCAAACGUAUCGCCAACCACCGACACCUCCCCAAGAUCAUCUACCACCAGACCAGGGAGCAGCGGGUCAUGAAGGAGGCUCGCCGCAAGAAGGAGAGGAACGUCCGGAAGCACAGCAGGCCAGGAACUGUUCCCGUGGUGUCGGAGAAGGAGAAGCAUGUUGUGACUGUGGUCAAAUAAGCAGAGAAGAAGACAAAGGUGACCACCAAGAGAUGAGGUGGAGACCAAGAUCACACACAGGACAUGUUCCGACUGCUUUCACUCUUAAGAACUUUUUCAUUUGUCAGUUGUGGGACCAGUUCUGCCUCAUUUGGAGUACACACAGCCUGUUAAUACAUGCAAACAUCAAAGUUAUUUCAAAGGAUUUCCUUUACACACAGUUCUGUUUUCUGUUCUGUUUGAGUGGCUAACCCCACGUUUUGUUUUGAGCAGAUUUGCAUUUUGUAUUACAGGAUCCACAACCAUGAAAAUAAAGACUAUUUUAGAUUGA